GCGCGAAGCUUUUCUUUCCCCCAGAAGUAAACUACCGUCUCAAUUUAUUUUUUAAUAAACUCCCACAGCUUUGAGGCGGCGAGAAGCAGACCGGAGGAGGAGGGGAAUCGGAGAAGAUGGUUGUUCUCGUGGUAGCGACGGCGUCCGACCCGGCGUCCAUCGGCCCCGCCGCCGCGUUCCUGGCUAUGCCUGGCUGGUCCCCCGGCCCGCCCAUCCCGGAGGGGAUGGAGAGCUUUACAAAUGGGAAUGUUAGGUUAUUGAAGCAUGAACGCAGCAUUGUUGCAGAGGAUGAUCUUGACCGUCGGUGGCAGGAAGCCACUGGAGAGGCUGUUUCCGAGGUCAUAUUCCUCAGCAAACACACUGCAGUCUCCAACCGCCCUGCACUCACUGUCCAUCCAAUCGGUGUGCCACAUCUGAGGGAGGAUGAGACCCCCCCUCAAGGUGGGAGGCCUGGAUGGGCAGCGGUGCCAAACCCUCGAAUUGGCCCAUGGUUCCGGUUGAUGCAAAAGGUUGCUGCAGACCAAGGUCUUGUUCCAGAGUUUGAGAUUACACUUGAAGCUACUCACCAUGGACCACUUACCAGUACACCCACGAUGUUUGUUGAGAUAGGAAGUACACAAGAAUACUGGGGUAGACAAGAUGCUGCGCAGGCCAUUGCUCUAGUUCUAUGGAAAGGUCUUGGUCUUGAGGAAGGAAAUGCUGUUGGAACUUGGCUGGGGAGUGGUGAAAAGGUUCUACUAGGUAUCGGUGGUGGUCACUACGCCCCUCGUCAUACGGAUAUUGUCAUCAAAGAUGGUGUCUGGGUGGGUCAUCUCCUGUCUGGUUACUCUUUGCCAAUGGACGCUCCGCCUCAAGUAAAUGGAAAGAGUUCUGGUGAGGUUGGUGGGAUGUGGAAGCAUUCCAUCAAAGUUUCGUAUGAAGCCACGAAGGCAGGAUUUCCUGGUGGUGAAGUUAUAGCACAUCUUGAUCAGAAGAGCUUCAAGGGCUGGCAAAAGAACGCCAUCACGAGCUAUUUGCAGGAGCAAAAUAUCAGGAUAGGAAAACCCAACGAUUUCCUCUGCACAAAAACUUGGCCGUGCCCACAAGGCAAGCCGUCGAAGUGACUUCACCCUCCCUAGGGCUUGGCACAUGCAAAUUGAGUAAAUAUAGAGCACUGUAUUUUGAUAAUCCGAUUUGAAGAUGUAGAGUGGUCCCUCCCCGUUCGUCUUAGAAGGCCUGACUUGUGCCUAUACGAGAGAGGCAUAUCUUAAGGACACGUUUGUCGAGUUUUUUGAAAAAAAAAAGAGGACACGGUUGUCUGCCA